GUUUUACAAAGUGGAGUACCCAAAGCAGAUGAGAUCAUUUUGUAUAACAUGGCUCUUGCGUUGGAUCGUAUUUUUGUGGAUGUGAAGGAUGCUUUUGAGUUCUCGCCACAUCAUAAGGCCAUUCGUGAACCUUUUGACUAUUACAAGUUUGGCCAAAAUUAUAUCCGCCCUUUACUUGAUUUCAGGAGUUCUUAUGUUGGCAAUAUAUCAGUUUUUGGUGAAAUAGAAGAGAAGCUCAAGCAGGGCGAUAAUGUUGUUUUGAUGUCAAACCACCAAAGUGAAGCAGAUCCAGCGGUUAUUGCUCUGUUGCUUGAAUCGAAGCACCCAUACAUUGCUGAGAACAUAAUCUAUGUUGCAGGAGAUAGAGUUAUUACUGAUCCUCUUUGCAAGCCAUUCAGCAUGGGAAGGAAUCUCCUGUGUGUUUAUUCGAAAAAACAUAUGGGUGAUGACCCCAAACUUGUCGAGAAGAAAAAGAGAGCAAACACAAGAAGCUUGAAGGAGAUGGCUGUGCUAUUGAGGGGUGGAUCAAAACUAAUAUGGAUUGCUCCUAGUGGUGGAAGAGAUAGGCCAAACCCUAUUACAAAAGAAUGGUAUCCAGCGCCAUUUGAUGCUUCCUCAACAGACAACAUGAGAAGGCUUGUAGAACAUGCUGGUGUCCCUGGUCACAUUUAUCCUCUAGCAAUAUUAUGCUAUGAUAUUAUGCCCCCUCCGCCCCAGGUUGAGAAAAAUAUUGGAGAGAAAAGAAUAAUAUCUUUUCAUGGAACUGGCAUAUCCGUGGGGCCCAAAAUUGAUUUUCAUGAGGUUGCUGGUGCUUUGGAAGACUCUGAAGAGGCUAAGCUGGUCUACACAAAGGCACUUUAUGACUCUGUAAACCAGCAGUACAACGUGCUAAAUUCUGCUAUAAAUGGCAAACAGGGACAGGAGGUAUCAACUCCCAGCGUUUCAUUAUCACAACCAUGGCAGUAGCUUCUGUUCCAACUUUAUUUUCCAUACCUUGUUGCUUCAGUCAGUUUGCAGAUGUUUGUUUGGAAGUUAUAAUCAAAUCACAAGGAUAACACUCACAAACUAUGCCACACUUUGCGCUUGCAUGUGGUUGGUCUAUGCGGAGAGUUGUCCAAUUGAUACGAACAAGUAGUUCUUGAAGUUACAGCCUACAUACCGAAGGAAAUUUUUUGGCAGGGCUUAGAUAAUUCUUUUGACACGAAUGUAUAGUUAGUUACUUUUACCUUGUAUCUACUACAUGUUGGAUCUGAAUCUAUUAGCAAUGAUAGCUUUCAAGCACCGUCAAUUCUGACCUUUUAAGUAAGUACGUAGGUAUCCUAGAUUGCUCAUCUUACCUUAGAAGCGGUACUCCAAUUUGUUCGGAAAUAUAAUAAAUGCUCUGCAACAGUUCUGCUUGUUUA